UGGGGCCAUCGCUAACGAAUCUCCUCUCUAUGAGUCGUGUAGAGUCCGUUUACGUGAGCGGUCGUGGAUUCGCUUUCAGCACACGGCUUAUCACAUAUUUUUUGUGAAGAAAAAAUAUAUAAAAAAUAAAAAAAAAUAUUAAAACACAAAAACGUAACAAAAAAAAUUGUAAAAAGUAGCAAAAAAUUCGAGCAAGUGCUUGGAGAAGUAGACCUGAUCACCAAAUAUGGCUUCUCUAUACGUCGGUGAUCUCCCACAGGACGUCAACGAAUCGGGACUUUUUGAAAAGUUCUCGACUGCUGGUCCAGUGCUGUCCAUUCGUGUCUGCCGCGAUGUGAUUACCCGUCGCUCGUUGGGUUAUGCCUACGUCAACUUCCAGCAGCCAGCCGAUGCUGAGCGUGCUUUGGACACCAUGAACUUCGACCUGCUCCGCAACAAGCCCAUUCGUAUUAUGUGGUCUCAGCGCGAUCCGUCACUUCGCCGCUCCGGUGUGGGCAACGUGUUCAUCAAGAACUUAGAUAGGGCCAUCGACAACAAGGCAAUCUACGACACUUUCUCCGCCUUCGGCAACAUCUUAAGCUGCAAGGUAGCCACCGAUGAAAAGGGCAACUCAAAGGGCUAUGGAUUCGUCCACUUUGAGACUGAAGAGGCCGCAAACACGUCCAUCGACAAGGUCAACGGCAUGUUGCUCAACGGCAAGAAGGUCUACGUGGGCAAGUUCAUCCCGCGCAAGGAGCGCGAGAAGGAGCUCGGUGAGAAGGCUAAGCUCUUCACCAAUGUGUAUGUGAAGAACUUCACCGAGGAUUUCGACGAUGAAAAACUGAAGGAAUUCUUCGAACCAUACGGCAAGAUUACCAGCUACAAGGUCAUGUCCAAAGAAGAUGGCAAGAGCAAGGGCUUCGGAUUUGUUGCGUUCGAGACCACAGAGGCUGCUGAGGCGGCCGUUCAGGCCCUCAAUGGCAAGGACAUGGGAGAGGGAAAGUCCCUGUACGUGGCUCGUGCCCAGAAGAAGGCUGAGCGCCAGCAGGAGCUGAAGCGCAAGUUCGAGGAGCUGAAGCAGAAGCGUCACGAGUCUGUGUUCGGCGUCAAUCUGUAUGUGAAGAACCUGGACGACACGAUCGACGACGAUCGCCUGCGCAUCGCGUUCUCUCCGUACGGCAACAUCACAUCGGCCAAGGUUAUGACCGAUGAGGAGGGUCGCUCCAAGGGUUUCGGAUUCGUGUGCUUCAAUGCCGCAAGCGAGGCUACCUGCGCCGUCACCGAGCUGAACGGCCGCGUUGUCGGCAGCAAGCCCUUGUACGUUGCUUUGGCCCAACGAAAGGAAGAGCGCAAGGCUCAUCUCGCCUCGCAGUACAUGCGUCACAUGACCGGCAUGCGCAUGCAGCAGCUGGGACAGAUCUUCCAGCCCAACACGGCAAGCGGCGGCUUCUUAGUGCCGACUUUUCAGUCAAAUCAGCGCUUCUUCGGUUCUCAGGUGGCCACCCAGAUGAGAAACACCCCGCGCUGGGUGCCCCAGGUGCGUCCCCCAGCAGCUGUACAGGGUGUCCAGGCCGGAGCUGCCGCCGCUGGUGGCUUCCAGGGCACAGCCGGUGCGGUGCCCACUCAGUUCCGUUCGGCUGCUGCUGGAGCGCGCGGAGCACAGCCUCAGGUGCAGGGCACCCACGCUGCCGCUGCUGCGGCUAACAACAUGCGCAACACUGGAGCUCGCGCCAUUACCGGCCAGCAGACUGCAGCCCCCAACAUGCAAAUCCCCGGAGCCCAAAUCGCUGGCGGUGCCCAGCAGCGCACUUCCAAUUACAAGUACACCUCAAACAUGCGCAAUCCUCCAGCGCAGCAGUUGCAUCAGACCCAGCCAAUUCCACAGCAAUUGCAAGGAAAGAAUUCUGAGAAGCUCAUUGCCUCGUUGCUGGCCAACGCCAAGCCGCAGGAGCAGAAACAGAUCCUCGGCGAGCGUCUGUAUCCGAUGAUUGAGCAUAUGCACGCCAAUUUGGCUGGAAAGAUCACCGGCAUGUUGUUGGAGAUCGAAAACUCAGAGCUCUUGCACAUGAUCGAGGAUCAGGAGGCCCUCAAGGCCAAGGUGGAGGAAGCUGUGGCCGUGCUUCAGGUGCACCGUGUCACCGAGCCCGCUAACUAAGCUCAAACAGCUCAAGCGGAUGAACAUUUUACAAAAACACUUUACACCCAAAAAUUUUCCACUAAUCUUUCAAUACAUGAACAACAAUUCGCAUUCACUGAUGCUCAGUGCACAGAAGGAUCGCCAAAAAGGACACACAUUCAACACAGAAGAACGAAGCGAAAAACUUUGGCUUUUUCUUUUCUAAUCCCAAGAACCAGAAACAUCAACAAAAGCAAUUUCAAUCAUUUAAUUUCGAACGCAUUUACGCAAGUACACGAAGCAAAAAGAAGAAAGUCACGAAAAGAAAUUCAACAGUCCAAUUAUGAAUUCUUUUUUUUUUUACAUAAAUAUGUUCAUUGAAAAAAAAAACGGAAAAAUGUAAAUUGAAAAAUACUUUCAUCAUUGCUUUAACUGGAUCAAUAUUAUUUUGUAUGCGUAUAAAAAAACACCAAAAACCAUUGCAAAAUAAACAGAUUAAAGCAUACAUGUAGACAGCUUCUUGCAAGUA